CUAUUUAGACAGCAAACCAAACCUCAUUCUCCUAUCCCAGCGUGUUCUGGACUGUCUCCCAUGUCUUGGUAUGAUGGCAGCCGGUUGGCUCGAGCACCCCAUACUAUGUCUGUCUUAAAGCCUCAAAAGUGCUCUAUGUCGCCCGUUUUUCUUUCAGGUCGUCAUCAAUCAUCACUUGCAGAGGCUUUUCUCUGCGUCCAUUCGUUUUGUGCUUUCGGCCCGUUGUCACUCACUAAAAAUGUCCUCGUCAAACAGAAGAUGUCCAGCACAGAAUGCCAUCGUAGCUGCUCUCGGUGCGGCGGCGACGCCUUACUGCUCCUCAAUUCUGAGCCUGUCGACGCAGACCUAUACUGAUAUUUCCGAGUUUUAUGUGUAGGUCCCAAAUCCAACUUCUCGCCCAUCUGUUCUUAGGAGGCUGAUCAAGUUUUCAGCACGAGCAUGUGGACGGACACGACCUUUCCCGCUGCUACGACCGUCACCGCCGAUCCUAUCAGCUCCACCGCGGUCGAAACGACUACAGAGACAACUUGCACGUAUCCGCCACGUCCCUUGAUGCCCCGUGGUGCUGCAAAGACGAUCAUAGUAACAGCUACAACUACGAUUUGUCCAUGCACAGAAACCUCCUCGAAGGCUCCUUGUUCUGAGUCCGUUGAUCACGAGUCGUCCGGAUAUGCCGACUCUUCGUUUGCUUACACGGCAGCCGAGACCUCUUCUCCGAAGGCAUCAAGUCUGAAGACGUCAGACUCUGAGUCUGGGUAUCAAGGCCCAUCUAGCUACGCGGACUCUCCUACUUACUCAUAUGUCACGGCAACAGCUUCUCUCCCAACCUCUACUACGGCGCCUUACUACUCUAUCCCCCACAACAGCUCCGUUCACCCAUCUGGCUCAUACAGCCAUGAUUCUUUAGUAUACAGCCACAGUACUUCAGUGUAUAGCUCCGGAGUAUCUUCGUACGUUCCUGAGUCCUCAAUCUACAGUUCCGAGAGCUCUACCACGUCCGAGACCCCUAGUCCAUCGCCAACUCCGACUCCGCCUGGCAGCGAGCUCUUAACUACAAUCGAUGACGCGGGCUUGAGUAGCGCUUGUAGUUGCCUUUCUUUAGAUGUGCCAACUGAGACUGUUGUGUCCACUACCACUCUGACAUCCACGGAAACGACUGUAGAAUAUGUGAGCGGUUUCUGACUUCUUGAAUACGACUCGGGAAUAUUAACAAAGUCCAGGCCAUUCCCACCAUCACCGCAACGCCAAUUGUGGUCGAAACAUCCACCGUCACUUCAACGAGUACCACCGAGUGCUGCACCCUUCAGCCAUAUUAUA